AUGAUGAUUCAUGAUGAUCAUGAUGAUGAUGAUGAUGAUGAUGAUGAUGAUGAUGAUGAUUCUGGUGGUGCUGAUGAUGAUGAUGAUGAUGAUGAUGAUGAUGAUGAUGAUGAUUCGGAUGAUGAUGAUGAUGAUGAUGAUGAUGAUGAUGAUGAUUCGGAUGAUGAUGAUGAUGAUUCGGAUGAUGAUGAUGAUUCGGAUGAUGAUUCGGAUGAUGAUGAUGAUUCGUAUGAUUAA